GUGAACAUCUCGAGCGCGUCCCCAGCCAGGGGCGCCGUGCUGAUGGUGUUGACGGGGUGGCAGUUCGGCGAGGUCAGGGACAGCCUGCAGGCAGCGUACGGCGCUGGCCGAGCGGGCACCAACUACAUCCGGCCAGCCCACUGGCGCUGCCCCCUCGGGGGCGGCCUCGACGCGCUCGUCCACGUGCGCGCGCUCGCUCCCGACCGGUACAGCGUGGUGGUGCUCAACGCGCUCGCCGAGAGGCUCGAGCUCGCGGCCUCCGUGGGGUACGCGAACCCGGGCGGCGAGCGCCUGCCCCUGCAGGUCGCCCACCUGCCGGCGACGCUGCGCGCCAGCGCCGGCGCGUUCCUGGCCCUGCUGGCCCCAGCGGUCGCCGCCGAGAUCCUCGGCUCCUGCGGCCUGCGCGGCGGGCGCGCGCGGAGCGCGCGGCUGCGGCCGCUGCGCGCGCUGCUGGCGCUGUGCCUACUGCUGCGGAGCCUGGCAUCGCACGGGGCUUGGCGUACUACGCCGACCUGUCUCGCGACGGGCGCGUCGCGCCGUGGAGGGCCGUGGCCUUCGUGCUCACGGGCAGGGUCCAGGCCAUCUCCGAGGCGACGUUCCUGCUGCUCGUUGCCGUCGGCUGGCGCCUCCUCAGGCUGCGCCUCAUGCCAGAGGAGCUGGCGUUCAUCCUGACGUUCAUGGGCCCGGUGGCGCUCACGCUGUCGGUGGUUGACGCGCUGCGCCCAGACCUGCAGAUGGACACCCUGCUCACGGCAGUCUUCGCGAUCUUCCAGAUCGUCACAGUCUUGGCGACGUCGCUGAGCUUAGACACCAUCAGCGCCCACCUUGCGGAGUCGCCCGUUGCCCCAGAGGUGGUCGCCCUGUACAACUUCCGCGACAUCUACUCGCGCUUCAAAUGGCUGUACUUCGCCCUCCUGCUUCGGCCCACCCUCCUCCUCAGCCUCCGACAGUGGCUCUUCGGAGCGGCGGACGCAGCGUGGAUCGCCGAGCCGCACAACUACUCGCCGCUGCGCCAGGCCACCGAUUGGGCCAUGUACGCCUCGCUCCUCGCCGCGCUGUUCCCCGCCCUGUGGCCCAGGCACGUCAAG